AUGUCCCAGGGAAAUUUGCAGAUUGUCCUCGCCGAGAGGCCCAAGGGCGACAUCAUCCCCGGCCAGACCUUUCACCAAAAGAGCACUAAGGUCCCUACUGCCGACGACCUCAAGGAUGGCGAGAUCGCCAUCGAGAACAUCUACCUCUCUCUCGACCCUGCUAUGCGAGGUUGGCUCAAUGAUAAGCGCUCCUACGUGCCUCCCGUCCCCAUUGGCGGCAUCAUGCGCGGCGCCACCGUUGCGCGCGUGAUUGCCUCCAAGAACGAGUCCAUCAAGGUCGGUGACGUCGUCCGCGCCAUGGCCGGCUGGAGCGAGUACGCCGUCCUGAACCCCGGCACUCCCGGCGUCUGCGAGCCCGUCGCCGACUCUGACCACCUCCCCGACCACCUCUCCGUGCUCGGCCUCACUGGCCUGACCGCCUACUUUGGCAUGCUCCACAUUGGCGACCCUAAGCCCGGCGACCUCGUGGUUGUCAGCGGUGCCGCCGGUGCUACCGGUUCCGUGGCCGGCCAGAUUGCCAAGCUCAAGGGCGCGAGGGUCAUUGGUAUCGCCGGUGGCGACGACAAGGUCAAGUGGCUCGUUGACGAGCUCGGCUUCGAUGCCGGACUCAACUACAAGGACCCCGAGUUCAAGAGCAAGUUCAAGGAGCUCACCAAGGAUCACAUCGAUGUCUACUUUGACAAUGUCGGCGGAGAGAUCCUCGACAUGGCCCUUGGCCAGGCCAAGCCUUUCGCCAGGUUUGUCAUGUGCGGUGGCAUCAGCCAGUACAACGUGACCGAUGUCCAGGGCCCCAAGAACAUCAUGAACGUCAUCUCCAUGCGCAUCAAGAUGCAGGGCUUCAUCGUCUUUGACUUCAUCAAGGAGUACGGCACUGCCAGGAAAGAGCUUGCCGAGUGGCUCAACGCUGGCAAGAUCAAGCGCAAGGAGACCAUCAUCAAGGGUGGUCUGAAGAACGCCGAGCAGGCUCUCGUCGAUCUCUUCAAGGGUGUUAACACUGGCAAGUUGAUUGUCGAGAUCAAGAACCCCCAGGAUCUCUCUAAGCUAUGA